AUGCCCGGAGACUUUUCGACAAACGCGAUGCGCGUAGGCAGAGCGCUGCUCCCCCGCGCCGCCGCGGAACAGGGCGGUUUGUUGUCGGGUAAAGACCCAACGGCGUUCAACAGUGCGGACCCCCUCCGCCUCUGGAUUAUCCAAGUCGGCAUCAUUAUCAUCACGACCCAACUUCUCGCGGUUGUCCUUCGCAGACUCAGGCAACCCAAGGUCAUUGCCGAGGUCCUCGGCGGUAUCAUCCUCGGUCCCACUGCUUUCGGCGCUAUCCCUGGCUUUAGCCAACAUAUUUUCCCGGAGGAUGGCCUUCCGUUCCUCUCGCUCGUCGCCAACAUCGGUCUUUGUCUAUUCCUCUUCCUCGUCGGCCUCGAAAUCGAGACGGCGACUAUCAAGCAAAAUGCACGCUACUCAAUCGCCAUCGCCAUUGCCGGUAUCUCACUACCGUUUGGCCUCGGAGCAGCUAUCGCGGUGCCACUCUACAACGAAUACAUUGGCAGUGAUGUCGAAUACACGCACUUCAUGCUCUUCACGGGUGUCGCGUUCUGCAUCACGGCGUUCCCGGUGUUGUGUCGUAUCCUCACGGAGCUCAAGCUUCUCGAUACCACUGUCGGUGUGGUUGUCCUUUCCGCCGGCGUCGGUAACGAUAUCGUCGGUUGGGUUCUGCUCGCGCUCUCCGUCGCGCUCGUCAACGCAGGAUCCGGUCUCACGGCACUCUACGUCCUUUUGGUCUGUGUCGCCUGGACACUCGUCAUGCUCUUCCCCGUCCGCUGGAUCUUCGCCAUCCUGGCUCGCAAGACGGGGUCUUUGGAGAACGGGCCGACGAUCUUCUUCAUGACCAUCACGAUCCUGACGCUCUUCGGCUCGGCGUUCUUUACGGACGUCAUCGGUGUACAUGCAAUCUUCGGUGCCUUCUUGACCGGAUUAGUCGUGCCGCGCGAGGGCGGAUUGACCAUCGCUCUUACGGAGAAGCUCGAGGAUAUGGUCGGCAUCAUAUUCUUGCCACUGUACUUCACCCUCUCCGGUCUCUCCACCAACUUACGGCUGCUCGAUACGGGUCUGAUCUGGGGAUACAUCGUGGCGAUCUGCAGCUUGGCCUUCGUCGGGAAGUUCGGCGGGUGCACUAUUGCCGCGCGCUGCGUUGGCUUUGGGUGGCGCGAGUCUUCGACCAUCGGUGCGCUGAUGAGUUGCAAAGGUCUCAUCGAGCUUAUCGUGUUGAACGUUGGCCUUACUGCCGGCAUUCUGACGCAGCGUGUUUUCUCCAUGUUCGUCUUGGAAGCUGUCACGCUUACGUGCAUGACCACGCCUCUGGUCAUGUACCUCUACCCUCAAGAGCAUCGCGUUCGCGUCAGUGCCACCGGCCCGAACUUCAACAAUGUCGCGGGCGAGACUCCGGCCAUCUCAAGGCGCGAGAGCGGCACGUCGAGCGUCGAGGGCUUGGGAUGGAAGCGCCGCUUCACAGUCGUUCUGGACAAGAUCGAACAUCUGCCUGGAAUGAUGGCCUUCUCUCAGAUCAUCCACAACCCCGCGGCCGACUCCGACAGCACCCUCACAUCCGGAACCAGCGGCGAGAAGAGUCCUACACCGUCGAAUGGCAAGGCGCGCGAAGUCUUGAUCCCGAACCGCACUGUUCGCCGUGGACCCGUUUUGGACGCGCUUCGUCUCAUCGAGCUCAGCCGUACUUCCGAGGUCAUGAAGGCUUCCGUCGCCGACUCGCUCGUACACACCGAUCCGCUCUUGAACAUCUUCCGCAUGUUUGGCUCUCUCAACGGACUUCCGGUCACUUCAAGCUUGCGCAUCGUCCCGUACGACGACCUCGCGGAGAGUGUGGCGGAGCAUGCGCAGUCCGUGGGCUCGCACCUCGUCUUGAUACCUUGGCUACCCCCGCACGGUAUCCACCAGGCGGCCGCCGAACGCGAGCAUAACGCUUCGACACCAAGCGCACACGACACGCCCAAGGCGCACAAUCCAUUUGACGCUCUCUUCCGCUCCGCACAGACCGAGCGCUCCGCUAACGUUUCGCACUCGCACUUCGUGCGCAGCGUAUUCGCAAAGGCGGGAACGGACGUCGCGCUCUUUGUCGACAGGAGCUCCAACUCUAUGGACAUCGCACCCGCGCCUUCGACUACACACCACAUCUUCUUCCCCUUCUUUGGUGGACCGGAUGAUCGUCUCGCGCUUGACUUCGUCGUGCAACUAUGCGCCAACCCGAAUGUCACUGCAACAAUCGUGCGAGUGGUGAAGCGCGAUGUGCAGCCCCUUCACCCGGAGGAGCCAUCAUCAGCGCAUUUGUCCGGAAGCGGCGAGAGCCACUUGAAGGCACGCGACAUGAACGAGCACACCGCGAUGAGCCAGAACACGCAAUUCCCCGACACCGUGUAUGGCGCGCACACGACGCAGAUGGUCCUGCAGUCCGAGACGGCGGAUACGAUUGCCUGGGAGCGGUACUCGGUGCCCGCGGCCCGCAAUGGCGAGGGUCUGGAGCCCCAGGUGGCUGGUGCUCUGUCGCGCAUUGAGUUACAGGAUCUCGCGACGCCUGUCCCUCUACACGCUGUCGUCUCACAUGGCGCGGUGAACGGCGCUAAGGGCGACGCGCACCUUCUCGUCGUCCUUGGUCGCUCGCGUCGGUUGGCAGUCGAGGACCAUCAUUCGGAGCUCAAGGAGCUCAGCGACGAGCGUGGCGAGCACCUCACGAGCGACGUGCGCAAGACGAUCGGCGAUGUCGCGAGCGCGUUCGUUGUCACUGAUGUGCGCGCCGCGUUGAUCGUCAUGCAAGCCUCCACGGCUGCCAUGGGCGAGUAA